AUGCGCACUCCCCGGAUUGUGAUUCUUGUUCUCUGUAUAUCCGCGUCCUUCUUCCUCCUUUUCCGCGCAGCGACAGCCUCCAGACGAGCCGCAGACUCCCGAUACCCCACUGAGCUGCGACCAAACAGAUCAGUAUGGGGGCUCAUCUUCUACAACACGCCCUUUUCCCUGUUUCCUCCCAACGCCGCCAUCAGCUUGACCGACGACAACAGCACGUCUUUUGCGGCGCGGCCUGCUGCGUUUGGCCCUAGGUUGCGACCCAACGGUCUAAGUGGGCAGCUGUGGGUUGGGAGCGGUUUCAUUGAGGAUAGCCUGGACGGCAAUGGCGAGCUGGGCUGCAGCGACCUCCCAGGCUGGGAUGGUGCCGAUGCCUCCAAGUCUACUCGCCGGCCGAGGCGCAGCCAAGAGCUUCUUAGUCCGGAUAGCUCCGAAACAGAUACCAAAGCAAGUCUCAGCAAAGACAUCCCCACCGAUGACGGCACCGACAAUCACCUCCACGAAAGGCUUCCGCUUACUCGGCGGGACACUUCUGUGUCUUCCCACGCCGAUAUCCAGUCGAUUCAAGAGGGGGCCGAGAUCAAGGGAAAGAUUGUUCUGUUAAUGCGCGGAGGAUGUGGCUUCCUGGAGAAAGUCAUGUGGGCACAGCGAAGAGGAGCCAUUGGCGUCAUUGUCGGUGACAACGUCAAGGGAGGUCCUCUCAUCCAGAUGUUUGCUCGCGGCGACGAGGUCGAUAACGUGACGAUUCCAUCCGUCUUCACUGCCCGGACCACAGCACAGCUGCUUUCUUCGUUGACGCAGCCUGGCAGUUUUAUCGAAGAUACGCUUGACGAUAACGGCAAUCCCGUCCUCAAAGUCCAACAGGGCUCCAAGGCUAGGAAGAGCAAAGACACCGAUUCCAAGAAGAAAGCGCCCUCGAAAAAAUCCAAACCUUCAAACAAGGAAAAACGAAUUACAAAGAGAAAGGAGGUUGAGGAGAAGCCAAGCGGUUGGUUCAAGCGCCUUUUCAGCUGGGGCACGUCUUCUCGUGGCGUCGACAGUGAAAGCAGGCCACCCAGCAGCGGCCAACUGGAUUGGGUAAUGGUUGAAGACUGGGAAGAUGAGCAAGACAGUACCAUAAAACCCAGCGUGGCUAAAUCAAAGAAGCAACCGAAACGGCCGAAAUCUGAGGGCGACGACUUUGUCAUCGGAGUUCAAGACUGGCGGGAUCCAGAUGUCAUGGGCAAGAGCAAGGCGACUUCUGUAAGCAAGGACGCGCCAGCCAACUCCAACUCCAAGGGCGACACCUCCGACAAGACGCCCAGCGCCGAUAAGCCAAAGGGAGGAAGCAUUACCCCGGGCAGCGGCGAGUAUAAGCUGCGUAAAGUGUCUGAGGUCGAAAACGAAGCCACCUCGGCCUUUGAGCUGAGGGGGGUUUCACCAUCCACAAAGGGCCGCGGCCUGAUUUCUAGAAUCUUUGGCGAUGACGAGGACGACGACUUAGAUGCUGAGCUUGCCGACCCCGAAGACGGCGACUAUGACGACGACUUGCCCGAAGAAGAUGAAGAUCCUGUACCGCAUGAAGGCCUCUGGGUUACCAUUACACCAACCAGCAGCGCCAGUCCAUUCUUCGAUACGCUCCUUGUUCUUGUUAUCAGCCCUCUGGUGACUCUCUCAAUUGUGUAUGCGCUUUUAGUUUUACGAGCCAGAAUUCGUAGGAGAAGAUGGCGAGCCCCCAAGUCUGUGGUCGAACGUCUGCCCGUCAGGACAUAUCACACUGUUGCCCGAUCCCCCAGCCUAUCGCCCAGGGUCUCAUCCCCAACGCCGACCACGCCACUAUUGCAGCACACCCACAGCUCCAGCCCACCGAGAUCCCGGCCACGUUCCAGGACGACCACUGGGGUCAUGGAGAGCGCAAACUUUCUUGCCCCUACUCCCAGCGACUUGGCACUGCCGCAGACAUUGCCACAACGGAGCUCUCGGACUGGUCGCUCAGGGCACGAACGAGGAGCCAUCUCGGCAGAGUGGAAAAAGUACAUGGGACGGCAAGUGGAAUGUGUUGUCUGCUUGGAGGAGUAUGUCGAUGGCGUGAGCAGGGUGAUGAGGCUGCCUUGUGGCCAUGAGUUCCACGCCGACUGCAUCACUCCUUGGUUGACAACCCGCCGACGAACAUGCCCCAUCUGCAAGGGAGACGUAGUCCGCUCUAUGGCUCGUGGCUCGUGGGCUGGCCCUAGAUACGAGCCAUAUCAUGACGACGGCGAUGACGACGAUGAGCAGGUAGCUGAAGGUUCUGGAUCUAGAUCAUCCAGCGGCGACGAGGAUCUCGAGCAAGGCGUUGCUGAGGCGGAGCCCACGGCAUCACGUCGCUCGAACUGGCAAGAUAAUUUCUUCUUCAUCCUACCCGGUGGUAGACGCAGGACACAAUCCCCAUCCCCGCCAUCAGAUGAUCGCCAGACAUGA